CUCUUGAUAACGUAUAACGUAGUGGAGGUUUUCCGCACGAAAACGCCCGAUCAAGGAAAGGGGAUGGCUCGGCGAGGGACUCAAAAUGCGCUGGGAAACUACAUGGGCGGCAACGUGAACCAGAACGACUACCUGCAGAAGAUUCUGGCAGAGGUCGAUCCAAAGUUUGUUCUGCAGCCCGGGGUUGACGAACUGCUCAUGGACAUGGCGACUGAUUUCGUCCAUGACGUUGCGGCGGCAAGCGGUCGACUGGCAAAGCACCGUCGUGCAACGCUGGUUGAAGCAAAGGAUUUACAGCUUGUGCUGGAUAAGAACUACGGCAUUUCUGUCGCGGCGAAGAAAAAAUUGCACGCUCCUUCCACCAAGCCGAAAGCCAACAAGGCAUCUGUGCACGUGCAUCGUGUAGCGCUCAAGCGUAAAGUUCUCACAGCCGUCCACGCCCAGAAGAAGAAAGCCAACAAAUCAUAGCCGCGCCAAGUGUUGUUGAAUUCAGCCAUACGUCGUAAUGCAUUACUUAAACCAUGGAAAACCCAGAUCCCGACGCAGACGAUGGUGGGUUUGACUGCGACGGUUGUUGCUCUUGCAUUUGCAUCUGCAUUUGCUGCAGAUAUGCAUGAGGGGGUAUUGGGUAUUGUUGAAGAAUUUGCGGGGUCAGCCCCGGAAUUCC